GAAAAGCAGAGAGAGAGAGAGAGAGAGAGAGAAUCGGUGGAAAGGUCUCGUUUUGGGGGUCUUUUUGGUGGGUGGGUUCGUGGGAUCGGCUUCUCUUGUGAUCUAAUCUUCUCUGCGAAUGGAUUCCGAUCUCUGGAUCGCCCGCCUUGCUGCCGCCAAAAGGAACCUAGCGCUUCAGCAUCAGCACCAGCAAUUGCAGCAGCACAGCUCCCAAGCUGAUCGGUUGAGCAUAGAUGAUUUCGAGGUGGAGGAAGAGUUCCGGCCGGAUUUUCCAUGCCCGUAUUGCUACGAGGAGCAUGACAUCUCGUCGCUGUGUUCUCAUCUUGAGGAUGAGCACCCGUUUGAAUCUAAGGCCGCUGUUUGCCCUAUAUGUUCAGCGAAGGUUACAAGGGACAUGCUAAAUCACAUCACAGUGCAACAUGGGCAUUUGUUUAGACUGCAGAGGCGUCGAAAAUUACAGAGAGUUGCCAUUCCCAGCAGCCAGGCACUUUCUUUACUGGGGAGAGACCUCCGUGAGGCUCAUAUUCAGGUGCUUUUAGGAAGUGGAGGCUACCGAUCAAGAAAUAAUAAUGCAUCAAGUGGAGCGGCUGAUUCCUUUCUCUCAUCACUUGUUUUGAAUUUCCCAACAUCUGAAGCAGAAGAAAGUUUGAAAUCUUUGACGUCCAAGGACAGUAGUAUCAAAAGAGUAACACCUUCGCAAACUUGGAAAUCAAGUUCUGAUUCUUUCAUGAGUUAUGAGGAGAGGGAGAAACAGCGGAAACAGGCCAUCGUUCGUGCGAACUUCAUCCAGGACCUGUUGCUUUCCACUCUAUUUGGUGAUUAAUGAAAAGUUGUUUAUGCUUUGACGAAAAGGUCAAUCGGAUUCCAAUUUCGCAAGGAACAUGCAAGUAUUUGGAGUCCUGAUGGCUUUCAACGAUGAUUCGUCAUCGUGGUAGUAUCCAUUCCAUUAAUAUGUUGUUUCCUGUGUUCUCCCGGCAUCAUGCACAGUGCUCCCAGACAUGCUAUUUGAGAGCUGCAUGCUGAAAGUUCAUGAUCUAUUCAUAUGCCAACCAUCAGCAGGCCUUCUUUUCUACCAAAUAAACUCUGCACGUUUGUGUUUCUUAUGAAUUUAUUUUAUAUAUGCCCUGACAGUUCAUUUGUC